GCCGGAACUGGCGGUAGUCUGAAGCAGGGCUGGGACAGAACAGCCCUGGGCGCGGUCCAACACCUCGCCAGGCCUCUAACCUGCCAGGAUCCCUCACGUGACAGGGGACUCAAUGACGUCGCCCUCUGGAAUCUUGGGGGUGCGUUCUGGGCAUUGGAGGUAAAGGAAGCGGAACGCAAUAGGAAGGGGAGCCCCAAGGCUGAGAGCGGCCCUGCGGAGCCGCAAGAAUCCGCGGAGACCCUCCUGACACCCAUUCACGGUCGACUCCCAGCAGAGGGGUCCCGCGACCCCUCCACUCCCUGCUCUCUUAGUGUGAGCGUCUGGAAUCCUGACCGCCCCAGCCAGCCUAGCCAUCCUGAUUUCUGUAUCUGAGAAUGUGGCAAGACCCAGACAUGUGGGGCACCUUACGUCAGAGGAAGUGGCUUUCUUGUUGCAGCAAAAAUGCCAGCACCUAUGUCAGAAAAAAAAUUGAGGGCUGGAAACUGUACCCGCUGAUCAGGUGCUAUCAACCUGCUAUCCAUUCAGAAGACUCGCAGAAGCCCCAGAGGGACAGCGGCUGGCAGUUGAGUGAUAUUCAACAUUUUUUAACUAAAAGGGCUGCCAUAACUGAACACCACAAAAAAGGUAGCUUAAACAGCAGAAAUCAUUGUCUUGGAGUUCUGAACACUAGAAGUCUGAGAUCAAGAUGUCAGCAGAGUUGGUUUCUGUUUUCAAGACGCCCACGAGUGGAAAAUGCACUCCCCCCAGCCAAAUCAAACUUCGCCAGAUUCCUAACAGCUGUGUGCAUUGAAAUGACUAAUGAAAGAGCCCUCUGCUGCCAGUGGAACUUUCACACAGGGCAUUGUCGCUGCUACUCACCAGGACCCAACCCUGCGUAUUUACAUACUGGAUGUCACCCCAAAAGCCCCCGACCAGGGGAUUUCCGGGAUGUAAUAAGACACUGGGCUUCAUCCCUCAGCUCCAGGAAUCUGGGAUUUGAAGCAGGGUUCCACUUCAAGCAAGUCUUAGGCCGAUGCUCAGUUCCGAAGAGCACCAGGGUCUUCCCCAUUGGCAGUAGAUGGGAGCGGAUGGACAUUUGGAUGCCUUGGUAUUGAUGGAUGAACUGGAGGCCAGAGACAUGGCUGAAGUUUACAUUCCAAGGAAAGCUUGCACAGAAACUCUGAAUUCAAUGUUGAAUGAAUAUCCCAGGAAGGAGUGGGAAUCUCUUGAAAAUCUUGUGCCACUGAAUGUUGUAACCCUGAGGUAUCCCAAGGGAGUGUCAUAAGCCAACAGCAGAAUUUUAGAAAGAACCUGGACGAAGGUCAAAUUUAUUGCCGUCAUUAACAAAUCUAGGGUGAAACUGUAAAUGGAGAAAAGAUGAAUUCAGUAGUCCCUGUUGCAGGUGGCUGAGGUUAAGAUUUCUCUCCCUUCUGCCCAAUGCUCUCAACCGAAAAUCUUGAUUGUGAAGAUGGAAGGGGUCCAACCCCUAGAUGAAAAUGUGGGAAACGCACCAGGACGAAGACUCUUGAGGAACAAGCUAUUGUUGGUGGCCUCCGUAAUUCAGGGUCUGGGGUUGCUCCUGUGUCUCACCUACAUCUGCCUGCACCUCUAUGCUCAGGUGCCAUCUCAGUACCCUCCAAUUCAGAGUAUCAAAGUACAAUUUACCAAGUGUGAAAAUGAUAAUGGUUUCAUCAUCACACCCUCAAGCAAGGAUGGAACCAUGAAAGUGCAGAACAACUCAAUCAUCAUCAACUGUGAUGGGUUUUAUCUCAUCUCCCUGAAGGGUUACUUUUCUCAGGAGCUCAGCCUCAUGCUUCAGUACCGGAAGGGUCGGAAACCUCUCUUCUCCCUGAACAAGGUCAAGUCUGUGGACUCUGUCACAGUAGCCGAUCUGGCUUUCAAGGACAAGGUCUUCCUGAACGUGACCACUCAUAGUGCCUCCUGUGAAGACAUUCAGGUGAAUGGUGGGGAAUUGAUUCUCAUUCAUCAAAAUCCUGGUGGAUUCUGUGUCUACUGAGGACUUGAUAGCAGCCCCUAGGCCAGCGUCAGCAUGAACUCCAAACUGUGGGUGGACAGGACACUGGUUCUUCCUUGGGAGUGGAGGAGUCAUCCCAGCUCACCUCUCACAUAUGGCCACAUGGGAUGUGACCAGAAGCAGAUUACUCCCUCCCUGACUCAGGGAUAUUUAAAACUUACUUUACAUACCAAUUAAGUUUAUGUAUUUAUCCUCAUACCUUCUAAAUCACCUAUCCCUCAUCUCUCAAGAUUGCCUCGAGCCUGUUGGGCACCUCCAUUGAGAAUGAGAAAAUAGGUGCCUUUUCCUCAAGACGUGUUGCUUCUGUUGGUCAGGAAAUUAUCAUAGUAAACUUUAUUGAAAAAGACACCUGACUACCAUUUGCUGGAUCUUUGACACUGGCGUUGUCAAAAUGAAGAGGACCAAGGAGGGAAGUUAUGAAUCUGCCAAAGGUGGCGUGGACUGACUUUUGGCGGCCAAAAGUGCCUCUCCAAGAUAAAACUAGUUGCAGUUUGCAUAUGGCCUAAAUUCCCGUCUCAUGUGGUGGAGUUCAGAAGGAAGAAUAACUUGUGAACCGCUGUCAGGACUUGAUGAAGAGAGCCGGUUAAGGGAUACUCUGUGCUCUGGAUGUUUUCCUUCCACUUUGCUUUCCCAGCCUCCAAAUGUUCUUGAUAGAAAUUUCCCUUCAAAGAACCAUCCUGAGGAUGUGAUGCUGUGAAAAAUCUAGUAAGGGAUUUAAGGGAAACUGGGAGAGAUUUUUCUAAACUGGGAGAGUGAGAUAAUUUGUUGUGAGAAUUUUCAUUACCACACAGGAUAACAGUGAAACUGAACCUCUCAGGGUAAAAGUCUGGGAAUUUAAAUAGUUUGGGGAGGAAAUCACAUUCUUUGCCACCGAGAGGCAAAGUAACACAUGCCUAUUCUCCAUACCGAGAUACAUGCUGCCCUCAACACCUUGAACUCAUAUGCCACCUUGCUAAUUAAAAAAAAAAAAAAAAAAAAUGGAGUGAUUAUAUUGUCAACUGCAGCCUUAUGUGGGAAGACACUGAGAUGCUAUUACAUCUUAUGAAAAAUAAUUAUCACUGUGUAGAAACACCGUAAUAUAUGAUCUCACACUGAUAACUGAGAUUAGAAAGACAAAUAAUCAGCCAGUACCAAGGCUUUCAAGGGAAUAAGAUCACCUUAUGUUUAGUUUAAAUGUCCCUCUUAACAUAUCUGGCAUUGUGGACAAACGUGGUUUUUCUUAAGUCAAAUUUCUAGAUGAUUUGUAAGUUUUCUGUGUCAAAACUUUUGCAGAUUUAAAAUUUUGAUGUAAGCUUUUUAAUGGUAGCAGAUGUUUCCCUGCAAUUUUAAAUAGAGUGUGUACCUAUCAUAGACUAUUUCAGGAUGAUUCUGGGUCAUCGCAGCAGUUGUACUGUGGUGCAAUACAGUAUUAUCUUCAGGAUGUCCAGAAAGGUUGAAGGCAGUUUGGCCCCACACUAAAUGGCCUCGAUUACAUUUGGAUUUUUUUCUUGUCUGUUUGACACAAUUUUCCAUCUUCAAUUAAGUGCCUAUCUCCAACUAGAUUUCCACCACUCUGUCUUAAUCUGUUACAGACACAAACUGAACAAAAUGCUAAAUUAAAGAAACUGCAUCAAGUAAGAGUAAUCAAACUCUCAGUGGCUGCCCAGGCACUCAUGUGUUUAUAUGCAUCAUCAUAGGUUCAUGACUAUGGAGGGCCUGCUGUGGACCAAGCAUUGGACUCAGUGCUUUACAUGAGUUGUUUUGAACAAGAUGUUCAGUGAUACCUGUCUUGAUUACUCAAAGGAUUUAAGUGUGUGUAUGUCUGCCCAUACACAUGGCUGUAUGUACUUCUUUGUUAUUGGCUAUGUUCUGCAAAGUCAAAGUUACCCAAUUAGUGGUAUCUAAUAAGCAAAUGUUUAUGACUAUAGAUAAUAUGUAAGAAAACUUAUGCUUACUUUUUAAAGUGUGAAAUUUUUGACUAUUCUUCUUCUGGACAUACAUGUUCUAGGCCGAAGCUUAAUCGUUUUGUGGGUUGGUUGUCUUCGGUGUGUGUCAUGGCCCCUCCUCCCAGGUGCCCACUCCCUUUGGGUACACGUGGUUUGCUCUUUCCAUGCUGGCUUCCUUCAGCCACACAGGGACAUUUCUGCUAUGCACUGGACUCACUCUUCACCUUGCACUCAUCAAAAUAUGUGUGUCCAUUUUAAGCCAUUCCUUCAAAAGGAUAGUUACCUUUCUCUGAAAGCAGUGGAGUUUUGUGGAAAUGAAAAAUCAUGAGAUUAGAAUUCUAAUUUUGACUCAGUCACUAACUAGCCAAGGGAUCUUGGACAACUAAUUUCCCAUUUUUGGAUCCCGCUUUUCUCCCUCUCUUGUUGAAUGAUCAUUUUAGAAUCUUACGCUCAUAAUGCUAACUAUGAAUGUACAGGUACUGGUUGCUAUGAGUCAAGAUUUACAAUCUUUUACUGUAUAGGAUUUUUUUUUCCUCAGGCAAGCAAACAUUUUCCCUCAGCCUUUUUUGGUGAUUCCUUUGAGAGCAGGUGCCAUUUGCUACUUGGUGACUUCCUGUUUAGUGAAUGGCUUAAGAGAUUCCAAUUUUGGUCUAAAUCAUUAUUUGUUCUUAAGUAUACCGGGCAGGUCCCCUGUUUUAAACAAUGGUUUUGUAUUUAGUGCUCUCCUGGCUCUCAGAGAGUAUUAAUAUUAAUAUUAAUAAUAUAGCUAAUAAUAAUAUUGAUAUUUACAAGGAAACAAAUAAAAUAUCUCAGAAUUCACUACUGUUUAGAGUGUUGGAGUUUUUAUUUGUCCUUCUCUUCUUUCCAUGCCCUGACCAGCUAAUUCCCCGAUGAGGGGAGGACGGGGCACACUUUCCGGUUUUCCUAGCUGCCUCCAAUUUCAGUCAUCAGAAUUAAGUCCAAGAGAUGAUUGAGCUGCCAAAGUCCAUCUUUGCUUCUGAAAAGACAUUCACUGGACAUCUCCAAGGCUCCUCUUCAUGGUUUAAGAGACUUCAUGGCUCAAUAGAAUUCUACUAUGCACUCUCUUUUUCUUUCUCUUAGAACUUCUUGUUUAGAACUCUGGGAUGAUCUCCUUGAGUAUUACGCCCCCUCUCCUUGGCAGUAAUUAAAUCUGAAGUCUUAAGAAGAGUUCCCAACUCUUAAUGAGAUUGUGUACACAGUCUGGCCACAGUGAUCCCUGUGCCCCCUGAGAUGGUGUUAACUCUCUCCUCCCUGAAAGCUUCUCUUCCCUGGCUUCUUUGGUCUACUCUUUCCCUCUCUGAUUUUUGCCUGUCUUGAUCUCCUUUACCUCUCCUCUUUCUCUGCCCCUCUCUUUAACGUUUAUGCACUCUCUCUAGAGCUCCAUCCUCAGCCCUCCUCUUUUUCUACCCCAGAGGUCACAUUCUGGCAGCCAGCAAGCCACAAUCUGGCCUAUGUAUGUGUUCACUUUGCUUGUAAGUUUGAAUUUAGUUGCCAACACUUAAGCAUGGGGAAAUUUCCGGCUUCUUUUGACAAAACAAAAUAGGAGAUCUGGUGAUGCUGGGCCCAGUUUUGACAUGACAGCAAUCAUCUCAAGCAGGAUUACAGCUUUCCUUUUUAAAAAGACUCUCCAUUUUUCCAGAGGUCCCCUCAUUUCAUACAAUGUGCAAAUGUGCUUAUACCGACUCACUUCACUCACUUGCUGCCUGGCCAUGGGGCAUUAGAGUUGUGAUCUGUGCUCCAAACACUUGCCAAUUUCAUUGAUCCUCAUACCUUCCACUACUGCUCAUAGACCAAUGAUAUCCAAAAUCAUUCUGCUGAUCCAAUGUCUUCUACUCCACAGUCACACUUAAUAUAAUCAUCCGCGUAAAUUAGUAAUAAAUGCCAUCUAUUGAGUACUUAUAUACUAGGCAUCAUACUGGCCAUUUUGAAUGAAUUGUUUAAUUCUAUCUUUGUAGGAACUCUUGGUGAUAGGUAUUGUUUCUCCUGUUUUUAUAUAUGAGAAACUGAAACUCUGAGGUAAAGUAAUUUGCCCAAAGCUAUGCAGCUUAUAAGUGGUGGAGCUCAGAUUCAAGGCCAGGGAUAGUUGACACCAAACACCAUGCUUUUGAUCACUGCUACCCUGCCUCUAGGCAGCUCCAUGUGGAAGAAAUGGGCAUUCUACUCAGGAUGCUUAUGAAAGAGUGUCCUCUUCCUCACCAAACCCACCCCUCCUCCUGAUUCAUGAUGUUAGUUAAAGGUAUCAUAUUCAUUGCUGAAGGCAGAAGCCCCAGUGUCAUCCUGUUUUCCUCCUUUUCCCUGUCCCCACCCAUGAGACUUUGGACUAUGGCUUCACAUUAACUCUCUCUUAGACUAUCUUGGUAACCUCUUACCAGCCCUACAGGCCUCAGUGUGUUAUCACUGAAUCAAGAAAAUGAUACACUCUAGUUCAAUAAAUGAAUAAAAUGAAUAGACAAAAUGAAUCAGAGUGCCAUGGUGGAAAGCUCAUGAUUUAUUUGUUUGUUUGUUUAUUUACUUAUUUAUUGGUUUUUAGGGCUACAGGUGUGUCACAUAGAGGUUCCCAGGCUAGGGGUCCAAUUGGAGCUAUAGACACCGACCUACACCACAGCCACAGCAAUGCCGGAUCCGAGCCACAUCUGCGACCUACACCACAGCUCACGGCAAUGCCAGAUCCUUAACACUGAGUGAGGCCAGGGAUUGAACCUACAUCCUCAUGGAUCUUAGUCACGUUCCUUACCACUGAGCCAUGAUGGGAACUCCCUAAGAAAGCUCAUGAUAUUUGGAGCCUAGUUUUAAAGCCUGAUUCUGCUCUUCACUACUAGCUGGGUGACCUUGGCAAGUUUUUUCUUUUCUCUUUAUUAAACCUCUCUAAAUCUUACUUUUCCUCUCUCUAGAGAGGGGAUAUUUAUAUAUACCUUAUGGAUUAUUAUGAGCAUAAGGGUACCUGUUAUUUUAUUGCCUAGAACAUAUUUGGUCUCAAUAUUUCCAAUAAUAACUUACAAAAGUCACUUCACGAGCCUGAAGUGUGUGCCAAAUGAGUAUCAGAAUUUAUCUGGCUUAGGGAUGGAAAGAUCGCUGAAGCAAGUGGAAGAGCCUUUCAGAAAUGAAAUUGGACAAGAGGAAAGGAGAACAUAGCAGGAGAAGAACAGUGUGGGCAAAGGCCUGGAGGUAGGAAUUCCCAUGGUGUUUUCUGGGGCAAGGAGAUUCCACUGUGGUUAUGACAUUCAUUCUUUCACUCCUUUCUUUGAUCACAUUCUGUUUUCCAGAAUGGAAGUUUGUGUUUGGCCACAGUUGGACAUAAGGAUUAGUGUGUAGUUUGAGGAUAAAAUGUUAGAGGCAUUAAAGACAUACAUAAGAAUUUUGGAUCAUGUCCUCCAAAGGGAGACAUUCAAGGUUUUUGAAUAAAGAGAAUUUAUGAUUUGGGAACAGAGACGAAGUUCUUGUCAGUAUCACUUUUCAUUUUGACCCAAUACAUGUGAAUACCUUAUUUUCUGUCGAACAAAAGAUUUGAAUGGCUUCUACCAAAAGAAAAAAUGAAAAAAAUUGUGGUAAAAAGCUAGGUUUUCCAUUCUUUUGGCAAAAGAUAUACAGAGAUUCUAAUUAAAUUCAGAAUGUAUGUUUAAUAAAGGCCAGAGUGAGUAGUUUUUAAAAUACUUCUUAAAAUGCAGUAUUUUCAAAUCACAGCCUGAGAUGCUAUCAACGUUAAAAAAUAAUCCCUGAAGAUUUCAGUCACUGUGCAUAUUUAUUUAUAAUUUAAAUUUAUUCUGUUUCUAAAAUUAAGUUUUUGGCAGUGCUUUGGAAUUACACAUCCAUCUGUCUGUCUGUCUGUCUGUCUGUCUUCCUAUCUUCCUGUCUAUCAUCUACAUUUUCUUUUCCCUGCAGUAGCCUCCCUUACACAGCAUGUGGGUAGCCUGAACCUUCUCCAGUAGCAUCCUCAGUAACUGGUCAUGGUAGCUGUUAUAGCGACUCGUUCAAUCCAUAAUCCCUGAGAUCAAGACACGAAAGGAUAUUAUUAAAAUUUAAAUGUAGAUAUUAGGAGAGCUGACACAUGAAGCCUGUUAUGGCUUUACCAUCAGCACUUCCCUCUAACAAAAAGCUGGACAUUCCAAAAAGAUGGUUCAUUCCAAUCUUGAGGGCAUGGGAUAAAAGGUCCUUUAGUUCUGACUGGUGCCCUGGGGACAACUAGGGUAGUGUUCAAUCCAGAAGCAGGCAGGAUGUUAACAUUGAGCAUCCAGAGUAUUCUUCCGUUCUACCACAGCCUUUGAGAAAUCUGGAGCCACUGUACAUGGGUUGUGGCUAAACAUGGGCCUUGACCAGCAUUUUGUUAAUGGAACUGGUUGGCUUUGUUCCUCUUUCUGUGGUCAGACUGUGAGUGGGAACAGAAGAAUGCUAGGAGCUGAAACAGAUUUUUAGCAUUUGGAUUUCCUAGAGGCAUGCCAAGAAUGAGAAAACAAUUUUACUUUCACAUAAUUCUCUUUAUUACUGAUAGAUAUAAAAGGCCUUUCAUUUUCCUCCAGUCUUCUUUGGUUUUUGAGAUUUGAGGUAAAAAGAAGAACAGUAAUAAAAUAAUGUAACUUAUACUGUAGAAACAGAAGCAAGAAGUAAUUUCUAAAGGUCAUCUCAGUCUAGCUCUUUAUUUUUAUUUAGGAUGUACUAUUUAUUAGUAAGGACAUAUAUCAUCUUAGUGAUUUUUAAGAUAAUGACACUCUAUAUCCUCCUCUUAUAAUCAGUUUUAAGAGUUAACAGCCUAUAAUCCUAUACCAUUCCCUAAGGCAACACAAAACUUUCAAUUUAUCAAAAUCUCAUCCACUGUUAUAAAUCAAGUAAUAAGCAAUAAAUAUACAUAUGUUCUACUCCUACUAUAUGCCAGGCAUUGUACUUGGUACAUAGUAAUAAUUUUUUUCCUCAUGGGAAAUGAAAAUGGGCUGUUAUACUUGAUAUUCUUUUACUCUCAAACCCCAAAUACUUGCUGCUAUUAUGUCUAUUGUCCAGCCCUCCCCUAACACACAUGCAUAACCCAGAUGCGCAGAAUAGUAUUCAACCAAUGAAAACAUUGGUAAAGUGUACCAUAUUACUUGUACAUUAUUCAUUAGUACUAUUUCUAUGUACUUAAUCACAAUCAUACAUAUUAAAAUCUUGAAAAUUGACACAAACACACUUCUUUUAGGCAAAUAAUAAAAAAUUAUCAUUUUAUUGAGGUCAAAUAGCAUUUUUGAAAGAGCAGAUAUUUGAAAGUUCAAAAUAAUUUUGUCUAUGAAUUUUCAUUUUUAGAGUACUGAAUCCAUAAAUGGACCAGGGGUAGAGUUGGCAGAAUUCUUGUGCAACAUUCCUUAUAUAAUUGUUGACAUUUUAUCAUUCACCCACAGAUAAUUAUUUAUUAUUGAAUUCCUACUGUUGUGUUGCUGUGUGCCUACUUUGCUAGCUAUUCAAAAUAUAAAGACAAAUAUGGAAUUGUUUCUUUAUACGAAGUAUUGGGUACAGUGUGUAAUACUAACUGGAGUGAGGAAAAGCUAGAUAUCAGGUAUCAGAAUAUCAGGUAAGAAACUGGUGUCAAUGACUAUAAAGAAAGGAAUGGAUCUAAAAUAUACCAGGAGCAGAAAACUUAACGGGAUUUUUAGGAUGUGAGUAGAGAAGAAUUCAUUUGUUCAUUCAUUAAAAAUACUGUUGUUUUGAGAGUCAUGGAGAAAUAAGAAACAACAAGCAAAAAAAACAAAAAAAAAAAACCAAAAAAAAAGGGAAAAAAUGAGAGUGCUGUGAGAGAAAAAAAUAGUUGAGUUAUUUAUCUUAAAUUGGGAAGAGACCUUGUUGGAGAAUAUGACAUUUAACUCAAGAUCUGAAAAUAUGAAGAAGCCAGUUUGAAGAAAAACGUUGGCAGGGGCCAGUGAGGUGGGGGUGGAUAGUGGAAAAAGGAAGGUUAAAAAUACCAUCUAUGAUCAUGUGACUAAAAUUAGAACUAUGAUAGUUACAAGUAUUUUUCCUUAUUUUGAAAUGACUAUAUUUAUGCAUAUAUUAAUCACUGUGUUCCUUCCACUUUCCCAUUCCACUCCCAUCUACUAUAACAUGUGUUUAUAGUAGUUAAC